AUGCUGACGGGUCUGGUUCUGUCAAAGCCACCUUCAGCCGAGACUAUGCUGAGGGGUCUGGUUCUCAACGCCACCUUCAGCCAAGACUAUGCUGAGGGGUCUGGUUCUGUCAACGCCACCUUCAGCCAGGACUAUGCUGAGGGGUCUGGUUCUGUCAACGCCACCUUCAGCCAGGAUGAUGCUGAGGGGUCUGGUUCUGUCAACGCCACCUUCAGCCAAGACUCUCCUGAGGGGUCUGGUUCUGUCAACGCCACCUUCAGCCAGGACGAUGCUGAGGGGUCUGGUUCUGUCAAUGCCACCUUCAGCCAAGACUAUUCUGAGGGGUCUGGUUUUGUAAACACCACCUUCAGCCAAGAUGAUGCUGAAGGGUCUGGUUCUGUGAAUGCCACCUUCAGCCAAGACUCUCCUGAGGGGUCUGGUUCUGUCAAUGCCACCUUCAGCCAAGAUGAUGCUAAGGGAUCUGGUUCUGUCAAUGCCACCUUCAGCCAGGACGAUGCUGAGGGGUCUGGUUCUGUCAACGCCACCUUCAGCCAAGACUCUCCUGAGGGGUCUGGUUCUGUCAACGUCACCUUCAGCCAGGACGAUGCUGAGGGGUCUGGUUCUGUCAAUGCCACCUUCAGCCAAGACUAUUCUGAGGGGUCUGGUUCUGUCAAUGCCACCUUCAGCCAAGAUGAUGCUGAAGGGUCUGGUUCUGUGAAUGCCACCUUCAGCCAAGACUCUCCUGAGGGGUCUGGUUCUGUCAAUGCCACCUUCAGCCAAGAUGAUGCUGAGGGGUCUGUUGAUGUGGAAUAA